CCUGAGGCGGCGGGGAGGGGCGGGGGGCCGGCGCGACCGGGCUGGUUCUCGCCGGCCCGCGGUGGGUCGGAGUUGGCCGCCGCCUCCCGUCCCUGCGGCCGAGGGGCCGGGCGGCGGGAGGCGGGCCGGGCUGCAGCCGCCACUGGCGGCUGCCCGCUGCGGAGACCGGGAAAUGCCGGGGUUUUCGGCCCCGUCACGCGGGCGCGGCCUGCUGUCGGCGAGGAAGAGACAAUGCGAAGACACAGAAAUGAAGUGACAGUUGAAUUGCGAAAGAACAAAAGAGAUGAACACUUACUGAAAAAAAGAAAUGUUCCCCAAGAGGAAAGUUUAGAAGAUUCAGAUGUUGAUGCUGAUUUUAAAGCACAAAAUGUAACACUAGAAGCUAUAUUGCAGAAUGCCACAAGUGAUAACCCAGUGGUCCAGUUGAGUGCUGUCCAGGCUGCAAGAAAGCUUUUAUCCAGUGACAGAAAUCCACCAAUUGAUGACCUAAUAAAAUCUGGGAUUUUACCAAUUCUAGUGAAAUGUCUAGAAAGGGAUGAUAAUCCUUCAUUACAGUUUGAAGCUGCAUGGGCAUUAACUAAUAUAGCAUCAGGAACCUCUGCACAGACUCAAGCUGUUGUACAGUCUAAUGCCGUACCUCUUUUUCUAAGACUUCUCCAUUCACCACAUCAGAAUGUUUGUGAACAAGCAGUAUGGGCUUUGGGAAACAUUAUAGGUGAUGGUCCUCAAUGUAGAGAUUAUGUCAUAUCACUGGGAGUUGUCAAACCUCUUCUGUCCUUCAUCAAUCCCUCCAUUCCCAUCACCUUCCUUCGGAACGUCACAUGGGUCAUUGUCAAUCUCUGCAGGAAUAAGGACCCCCCACCGCCUAUGGAGACAGUUCAGGAGAUUUUACCAGCAUUAUGUGUCCUCAUAUACCAUACAGAUAUAAACAUUCUCGUGGAUACUGUUUGGGCACUGUCUUACCUGACAGAUGGAGGUAAUGAACAGAUACAGAUGGUUAUUGAUUCAGGGGUUGUGCCGUUCCUUGUGCCCCUUCUGAGCCACCAGGAAGUGAAAGUUCAAACAGCAGCACUCAGAGCGGUUGGCAACAUAGUGACAGGUACAGACGAACAGACCCAGGUUGUUCUCAACUGCGAUGUCCUGUCACACUUCCCAAACCUCUUAUCACACCCAAAAGAGAAGAUAAAUAAGGAAGCAGUGUGGUUCCUUUCCAACAUUACAGCAGGCAACCAGCAACAAGUUCAAGCUGUAAUAGAUGCUGGAUUAAUUCCUAUGAUUAUUCAUCAGCUUGCCAAGGGGGACUUUGGAACACAAAAGGAAGCUGCUUGGGCUAUUAGCAACUUGACGAUAAGUGGCAGAAAAGAUCAAGUUGAAUACCUUGUACAGCAGAAUGUAAUUCCACCAUUCUGUAAUUUAUUGUCAGUAAAAGAUUCUCAAGUUGUUCAGGUGGUCCUAGAUGGUCUGAAAAACAUUCUGAUAAUGGCUGGUGAUGAAGCAAGCACAAUAGCUGAAAUAAUAGAAGAAUGUGGAGGUUUGGAGAAAAUUGAAGUUUUACAGCAACAUGAAAAUGAAGACAUAUAUAAAUUAGCAUUUGAAAUCAUAGAUCAGUAUUUCUCUGGUGAUGAUAUUGAUGAAGAUCCUAGCCUCAUUCCUGAAGCAACACAAGGAGGCACCUACAACUUUGACCCAACGGCCAACCUUCAGACAAAAGAAUUCAAUUUUUAAAUUCAGUUGAGUGCAGCAUCUAUCCCACAUUGAAUACGAAGCACCACCAGAUGGCUACCAAAAUGACAAGAGCAACAGCAACUACCGAAGGCUCCAAAACAUACAUGCCUCUUUGUUUUGAUGCUUCUAAAGCAAGCCAUGUCUCAGUCACUUUGCAGUUGCCAAAAGUCACUAUCCACAUGGACUGUAAAUGCAUAUGCAUGAUUUCCUAAACUGUUUUAGAAUUCUCCUUAACAAUCUUGACUACCCUAUUUUCCCCCGUUCCCUGGUGCCACACGCUGACAUCUGCAGUCUCCAGUUUAGAAUAUUCCAUAGUGGUGGCAUGUCAGCUGCCCACUUGAUACUCCUUUGGAAAAUGGUGCGCUGUGGAUCAAGACACUUUGGUAUGACACAUACACACGUUGGAAGACUUUAAAGAGGUGCAGUCUGAUCUGAGCCUCCAUCAUUGUCCUCCACAAACAUAUUUUCAUACUCUUUAUGUGGAAGAAUAGAUUUUAAAAGUACAAGCCAAAUGAUUUACAUUGGUGGAACUGACACAAACAAAAAGUAACUUAAAAAAAAAAGAAACUUGGUUAUUGAUUAAACAGAUAAGUUUUAAAAAACUGUGCUUCAUCUACCAGUAAUUGAUGUGUUUAUUAUCUGCCUCAGAAGCCAGGGUUGGAGGAAGGACUUUAGCUAUGGAUGGUAACGCUUUCGCCAUUAUACCUAAUUUUUGAGAACAGCAAGCCCUAUUUGACCACUCACUUCAGCCUGUGUGUUCCUGCUGUUUUGAAGUAAUCAAAUGCUGUGCAUGGUAUUUUACCUGAGCUGCAACCUGUUACGGACUUGAACUUCUGUUUAAGUUGAAAGCAAGAAUCCCUGACCAUAAAGAAAAAUAAAUAAAUGAAACCAAAAAACACAACGGUCUAAAGUACCCAUUGGUGAUAUUUAAAAAGAAAAUCUUGCUUUCAGCUUUCAGGAGUUAACAUUUUUCAUUUUAAAUUGAUAAUUGGAUAUGGUUGAUUUAUAUUGGGUUUAAACUGUGGAGCUUUCAUGUUUACUGUAAUUUAGUCUUAAAAUAUUUUUUACUUCGUAACCAGUGCUUUUGAUAAUGUGGUUGGCAACAAACCAGCAACUAUUAGAAGUGUCAUAAAACGUCAUUCUUGGAGUAUUGGCAAGUGUACUCGGAUCCUACUCUAAAAGCAUAUUCACAUAUAAAAAGAUGCAGACAAGGAUCUGCCUAGAGGAGUAAUCUGCAGUUAUUUAACAUAAACCUGAUUUGCAGUGAUCUUCAAGUAAUUCUGAAAAAUCUGGUAUUACUGUGUAAAGUCAUUGCUUUUGGUAAAUUGUCCGACCCAGUUAUUAACGAAAGAAUAUGGAUUUGAAAUUUUUUAAACUGAACAGUUUGUGCUGUCACAGGAAUGGUUUUGUUGCUAUUGUUUACUGGGUAUAAUUUCCCAACGCGUUGAUGUGAAGGGAUAGGAAAUCUAAACUAAUUUAGUUGUCCGAUGGGAGGGGGGUGUAUUUACUGUGAUGAAGAUGAGACACGUGCCAUCAGAGCUUUGUGAAUCAGCGGGGUGUUUUCACUGGUAAACAACACAUAGCAGGUGUGCAUUCAUUACAAAUAUAUGUAUCUGCCAAGGUGGAGCCACUUUAAAGAGUGAGUUUUGUCUUGUAUCUAAAGUGGAUACAAGCGUAUGUUUAAAAUGCAAGAUUUUUACUUGCUAGAGAAUCUGUUUUAAUAUAGUGGUUUGGCCUCUGAUUAUUUAUAGGUUUUAUAAAUUUUAGAAUCAAUUUCUCUUUAAGGUGGCUCAGACUUUUCAACUCUUGUGCACAUAAAAUUGAGUUGAAGUUCAUUGUGCCUUUUUUUCUUUAUCCAGAUUUUGAGUUAAAGCUUCAUAUGGUAACUGCAUCCUGUUCAGAUACCAUGGUCUAAAUUUUUGAAACUGUGUGGUGUUCACUAAAAGUAGGAGUAAUAAAGUCAAAGCUAAUUAAGGUCACAAACUUCAGUGAAACCCUUCAAGUCCAAAUCUUCUUGAUAUUGUGAAUUAUACCCCUUCCGGUUUACUUCCUUGGACUCCCCAUAGUGACUGACAGUUACCUUUUAAAUUUUGCACACAUUGAGACUGAAUUGGGCCUCUACUGUGCCGACUCCUAUUUCCUCUUGUGUUUAAGUGCAAACUAACAUAAGUGAACGUUAGCAUCAAGUAGUGCAGACGUCCGUGUGCAUUGGCUUGAUCCAGUUUGUUGUGACCUAUCGGUUUGGAAUUGGAAUUGCACCAUUUCAUAGACAAAGGAAACUAGGUAUAUUGCUGCACUUUUACGUUUUCAAAACAGUGUUGAAAAUUUGCAUUGUUUUUAUUUUUUUUAAACUCAGUUAAAAAAGACUAAAAAACGUUCUUUCAAAAGAGGCAUCUAAAUGUGUUCCUAAUUUUGUAUAUGGGCUUAGGUUUUGUAACCAAUAAAAAAGCUGCUAUCAAAUAUGAUAAAA